AUACACUUCUGGUGUAAGGUGCUGAGCUUCUUGAGAGGGUUCAUCCAGAAGCAUAUCUGCAAAUUCGGUGUGCAUCCUUUUGAACUUCUAAACAAAAACAAGCCUGUACAGCUUGGAAGAAUGGCUUCACUUUCUGAAGAUUUCAUGAUUUGUCAUGAGUAUCGCUGCUCUCCCCAAGAGGGGGUUCCAGAGAUAAGAAUGCAAGAUGUGAUGUAUGGAAGCAAUAAGAAGCAAGGAAAAUUUGAGGUCCUAGGAUGGAGAUCUCAGAUACCCCCCUACUACAGCUAUGUCUAUGUUUGUGAGAUUCGAGAGCGAAAAAUUACAGGUGCAAAGAGGAAGCACUGUGUGGAAGAUGGAGCCACAUCCAGUUAAUUGUAUCAUUUUCUGGUUUAUGCAGGCAGGUACUCUAUGGAUAAAUUACAUAAUCAUGGAUGUUGAUGGCUCAGUGGUUCACUCAGCGAAGGCUUGGAAUGGAAUUCAACAGUCAAGUGCUAUACGUAUUCUCUGGAAUAGCUAACUGGUAGCAACGAAAUAAAAAAGACAAAUCAGAAUAACCAGAAUACAGGAAGGGGAACUCACAUGGAAAGUUUUCUUCCUGCAGCCCUGGGAGAGCUCAUGGCUCAACACAUAAACUUCAUCAUCAACAAGUGCUUCAAGCCGCACACAAUGGUCAUGGAGGAAAGCCUACAAAGGGCUCUUCUCCGAGCACAGGUCAUCGAUGAGGAGGCCAUGGGACGGCACAUCACAAAUCAAGCCAUGAUCCAGCAGCUGGGCAUGCUGAGAGAUGCCAUGCACCGAGGCUAUUACGCGCUCGAUGCCUUCAGGUACCAGCCUCACUGUGGAGAGGACUGCAAUGAUCCAGCUAUUAGGGGCAUGCUAUCCCUAUCCAAGGUACCCUCUCCAAAGGAACCCUAUUUCUUCAGCCAAACUGCGCAGUCCCGGGUACAACUACAAGAUGCACUUGACGGAUUGAGUUCCAUGAUUGUUGAUCUAAAUGAGUCAGUCAUGUUCUUGAUGAGCUAUCCUCGUCUAUACCGCCAACCUUACAGCAUGCAUAUCCUACUGGCUAACUGCAUGUUUGGUCGCCAUAUGGAAGCAGAACUUGUUGUUAAAUUUCUGUUGCACACACCCCCUCACUGCUCUCGAGAAUUGGAGGUCAUGCCAAUUGUGGGGCCACCCAGAGUCGGCAAGAGUACCUUAGUGGCUCAUGUUUGCAAGGACGGAAGAGUCUGUGAUUAUUUCUCAGAAAUCUUGUGGUUGUGCGAGUCUGAUUUUACAAGUGAUGAGCUAGCUGGCAGACAAGGGUGUGGAAUGAAACGUCAAAAUUGUAUGCCAAACUUGAACAGAGGCAAGAGAUUGCUUGUUGUUAUUGAACUGUGUGGAAAUCUAUAUGAAGAUGCAUGGAAUAGGCUGUACCUUGUUUCCAAACGGAGCUUUCCUAGUGGUAGUAAAAUCAUAGUCACAAGCCAUUCAGACACGAUUGUAAAGUUUGGAACAACACCGGCUCUAACUCUGAAGCCUCUGUCCCAUGAGGCGUACUGGUAUUUCUUCAAGGCUCUUACGUUUGAAAGCAUGGAUCCCAAGAUGCAUCCAACGCUUGCACAGCUUGCAAUGGAGAUAGCUAGAAUGUUGCAUGGUUCGUUCCAUGGUGCACACAUCACAUCUUAUUUGCUGAGGGAAAAAUUUAACAUACACUUUUGGUUCAAGUUUCUGUGCUUCUUGAGAGGGUUCAUCCAGAAGCAUGUCUCCGAGAUCGGUGUCAAUCCAUUUGAUCUUCUGAACCAAAAUAGACCUGUACAACAUGGAAGAAUGGCUACACCUUCCGAAGAUUUAAUAGUUUGUCAUCAGUAUCACCGUUCUUCACAAGAGGAGGUUCCGGAGAUAAGGAUCCAAGAUGUGCUGUAUGGAAGCACUAAGAGACAUGGAAAAUUUGAGGUCCUAGUAUGGAGAUCUCAGAUACCCCCUUACUACAGCUAUGUCAAUGUUUGUGAGAUUCGAGAGCGUAAAAUUACAGGUGCUAAGAGGAAGCACCCUAUGAAAGAUAGAACUACUUUCUGAUAAUUUUGUAAUUUUUCUGGUUUAUGCAGGAACACACACACAUUCAUCUUAUAUUCACUUUUUUGGGGUCGGAUGUCAUAAGUUACAGCAGAGUCAAUUAUGAAGUGUAACUGUUAUGUUUUCAUAUCUGAAGUGUAAGUGUUUAUCUACAAAAUAACACAUGAGCCAGAGUUAUAUGUUUUCA